CCAACGCUCGGCUCGCGGACAGUCCCCGGCCGGAUGCCCAGAGAUCGCCCCCUUCUCGGCCUCUUGGCGGCCCUGGUGGUCGGUGGCGCCGUCGUCUUCCUGGGCUAUUGCGUUUAUCUUGACCGGAAGCGGCGAGGCGACCCCGCGUUCAAGCGCCGCCAGCGGGACAAAAGAAGAGCCCAGCAGCAAACGGCUGAGGGACGGGGCGCCCAGUUGUGGGAUCCAGCAAAGAAUAAAAAUUUGCAAGACCUUAUUCUGCAAGAGUUACGAAUGGGAGAACUUUGGUUAUCUAGAGGAGAGCAUAGAAUCGGGGUUGAACAUCUCAGCAAUGCCCUUUUAGCAUGUGGGCAGCCACGUGAACUUCUGAAUGUUUUCAGACACACACUUCCUCCCAAGGUAUUUGAGAUGCUGUUGCACAAAAUUCCCCUUAUUUGCCAGCAAUUUGAGGCAGACAUGAAUGAACAGGAAUACUUGAAGGAUGAUCGUGAUUGAAAAUAUUUCAUCAUAUCCACAGUCCAGUGAAAAUACUAUGGUACUAUAUAUUAUAAACAACUGCUCAGCGAUAUUUCCAUUUAUUUUACUUUUAGUAAUAAAAAAUUUGUUUCUAUCUCAUACAUGAUUGAACACAUAUUUUGCUUUAAAAUUAACAGUCACAAUUGAAGAAACAAUGGUUUAUUUUUCGAAUCAAGUGACCAAGCUGCUGAAUCUUAAGGCCUCAACAAAUGUUGCAUAUUAUUUUCAAUGAACAAGACCUUCUAUUUUGAUUAUUCCUGGUACAUAGCUAUUUUGUUUCUCCACUGGUUUCCAUGUGACAGUCAUGACAGAUGGUUUAACAUGGUGGCUACUGCUUUCAGGGGAUUCUGUCAGGUGAAUCCUCAUUUCCAGUGCAAUAGCUGUUGGCAAUCUCUCCUUUAAAGUCCAUUGAUCAGGACUUCUCUAUCGUGGUUGGCCAAGGAGUCCUGCUUUGGCUGCCAAAGCUUCAUUCUGCUGAAUAUGAUAUUCCUGAAAUCUCAUAGAUAUUCUUUGCGUCAUUUUUAAAUAUUUCUGUAAGCAGUGUUCCGAACAGGUGGUCUAAAAUAAAAAAGAUUCAAGAGGCAAAACAAAAGUAUUAAUUAAAAAAAAAAAAGGCAAAACCUUCCCUAUUCUUUGAAUAUAUCCAAAAUUAAACAGUAUUAAUGAGUACCAAGUAACUA